AAACGAAAGUCGGAUCAGCUGCCACUCUCCGACAAGCAUGUAGAACUUCUACAGGAAGCGACGGCAUCGGCGCAAGCGGGCUCCAGUGGCGACAGACCGAUUAAGAAGCGGAAAAGCGCGAGGAAGUCUGAGGAUGGAGCCAGCAGUACGGUCUCGGUGACUAAAGAGGUCGACGCGGAGAGUUCGCGGGCGUCGUCGAGAAUCAACUCUGAUGCGGAAGUUACGGAUGGGAACGUGGACGAGGACGAGGAUGACGAGGAAAGCGACGUUGAAUGGGAAAGUAUCGACUUAAGUCUACAGCAGCCUGGAUCUCUGAGACCUACGCCACAACCGCCAUCAACGACCCUCCCUCCUCCCCCCGCCCCAAAACAAGGAGGUAUAGAAAUCACCCUCAACCCCCCACCACGCCCCAAAGCCACUAAGAGAUUAGGUCUAACAGCCAUCGACCGAAAAAUCCGGCUCGAAACGCAUAAGCUCGACCUCAUGUGCCUCCUCUCUCACCUCUCCCUCCGCAACGCCUGGUGUAACUCAUCCUCCGUUCAUCGCUUCUUCCGACCACUGUUGCCGGAGGAUGUAAAGACGGCGUUGAGAGGGAGUGGGGAGGGUUUGACGCAGUAUUUGAGGAGUCAGGCGUUUGUUGAGGGGUUGAAGACUGCGGGGGAGGUAUGGAGAGGUCGGUUUACGGUAACGCGGACGGGGUUGAGGAAGCCGGUGCAUUGGGAUGCGAAAUCUCUAGAAAACGCUCACACGUUCGAUUUGGGUGGGGAAGAGGUCACGUCGGAGACCUUCGUAAAAGCUGCGCAGGGGAGCGAGGGAUCCAGAGAUUUGGGAGCGCAGUUGUUUGUUGCGUUGUUGAGGAGCGUCGGGGUUGAGGCAAGGUUGGUGGGGAGUUUGCAGGUUUUGCCGAUUGGGGGUGGUGAGGGUGUUGCUCCGCCGUAUCCGAAGAAGCGGGCAGGCGUGGAGAAGGCAAAGGAUAAGGGGAAGCAGAAGGCAGUUCGAAGUUCUGCCGACAGUACUCCUCAAACACCGCCAAAUGCACCACCCCGACCACCCUCUAAACCUUCCACGCCAGCUGCCUCACCUCACUCACGUCCGCCCCCGGCCAUCGAAUCCGCCUACCCUGUUUACUGGUGCGAAGCCUUCGACACCAACGCACAAAAAUGGAUCGCCGCCGAUCCUCUCGUAACCCACCAAGUCAACAGACCUCAGAAACUCGAACCACCGCUUUCUGAUCCAUUCAAUACGAUGGCAUAUGUGUUGGCGGUUGAGAGGGAUGGGUGUGUUAGGGAUGUUACGAAGAGGUAUACGAAAGCUUUUAAUGCGAAGACGAGGAAGAUUCGGUUGGAGAGCACGAAGGAGGGUGGGAAGUGGUGGGAGCAAGUCCUGGAGAUCUAUGCCCGCACGCAAGAGAAAGCUCGAGAUCAGAUUGAGGAAGCCCAGCUGGAACGUCGCGUCGCGGCUGAAUCUAUUCCGAAAAACGUGCAAGAUCUGAAGAACCACCCUAUCUUCGUACUUGAACGACAUCUCAAACGGGAGGAAGUACUUUUGCCGGGAGCGAAGGCUUGUGGGUCCAUCACGAUUGGGCGAGCUGGGGCGCAGGUUAGUGAGUAUGUGUAUAGAAGGAAAGAUGUUGUGGGCGUCAAGAGCGCUGAACGGUGGUGGAGGGUGGGGAGGGUCAUUAGAGUUGGGGAGCAGGCAAUGAAGCGAGUCAAAGCUCACCGAAGACUCAACGUUAAGGGUGAGGAAGAAGAUGAGGAAGGCGAGACUGCAGGUGAGAUGGUCGGUUUGUAUUCGGAACAACAAACGGAUCUGUAUGUCCCCUCGCCUGUGACGAAUGGAAAGGUACCGAAAAACAACUAUGGGAACAUCGACGUCUACGUACCCUCCAUGAUUCCCGCCGGCGCCCGCCACCUCCCCCGAAAAGGCAUCGACCGAAUCGCCAAACUCAUCGGCAUCGACUACGCCGACGCUGUCAUCGGUUUCGAGUUCCGGAAUCGUAUCGCGACGCCGGUGGUUAAGGGUAUAGUUGUGGCGGAGGAGUAUGUUGAGGCCGUACUUGUGGGGUGGAGUUGUCUUGUACAGGAACAGGAGGAGAAGAAGGUGAAAGUAAAGGAAAGGAGGGCGUUGAAGAGGUGGAGGAGGUUUGUGGCCGGGUUGAGGAUUAGGGAGAGGUUGCAGAUGGAUGACAUAGUGGAAGGUGGUUUUGCGUCGGAGUCUUACGAUACCGCUGGAGCCUAUGCGCAGCCUAUAGAAGAAGGUGGAGGAUUCUUACCUGAG